ACAACGUCCCUGAGGACCUCAGAGACCCCUUCUACAUGGACCAGUACGAGCAGGAACACAUCAAGCCGCCCGUCACCAAGCUUCUGCUGUCCAGCGAGCUGUACUGCCGCGUGUGCAGCCUCAUCCUGCCAGGCGACCAGGCGGCCGCCCUGCACGGGCACCAGGCCGUCAUCCAGGCCCUGUCCCGGAAGGGGAUCUACGUGAUGGAGGGCGACGACACCCCUGUGACGGAGCCCGACCUCAGCCGCGCGCCCAUCAAGAUGAGUGCUCACAUGGCCAUGGUGGACGCCCUGAUGAUGGCCUACACCGUGGAGAUGAUCAGCAUCGAGAAGGUGGUGGCCAGCGUGAAGCGCUUCUCCACGUUCAGCGCCUCCAAAGAGCUUCCCUACGACCUGGAGGACGCCAUGGUGUUCUGGAUCAACAAGGUGAACCUUAAAAUGAGGGAAAUCGCGGAGAAGGACGCUAAGCUGAAACAGCAGUCACUGGAGAGCCCGGCUCAUCAGAAGCCUGGCCUGGCGCAUGCCCUGCUGCACUGCAUGCUGGAGCCCGUGGACUUUGCACGCGUGGUCCGCUACCGGCGAGAGCACCCGUCUGCCAGGCAGUCGCCGUACUUCCCGUGGGUGGAGGACUUGAUGCGGGACAGCAGUGACGGGGCCGCCCUCCUCGCCGUCAUCCACUACUACUGCCCGGAGCAGGUGAAGCUGGACGACAUAUGCUUGAAGGAGGUGACGUCGAUGGCGGACAGCCUGUAUAACAUCCGGCUUCUGCGGGAGUUCUCCAAUGAGUACCUGAACAGGUGCUGCUACCUCACCCUGGAAGACAUGCUGUACGCCCCCGCGGUGCUCAAGCCCAACGUGAUGGUCUUCAUCGCGGAGCUCUUCUGGUGGUUCGAGAGCGUCAAGCCCGCCUUCGUGCAGCCCAGGGACGCGCAGGAGCCGAAGGGCGCAAAGACGGUGCUACACCAGAAGAGCAGCCGCCCCCCCGUGCCUAUCUCCAACGCAACCAAGCGCAGCUUCCUGGGCAGCCCCGCCGCGGCCAGCCCGGCCGAGCAGCCGCCUGCCGCCCCGGCAGCGGAAGGCUGUCACAGGUGCCACCUGCACCCCGAGGAGUCCGAGUACCCCGGGAGAGGAGCCUCGGCCUUCAGCCCGUCCCAUCCUUUGCUGCCACUGAGACAGAAACAGCAAAAGCCGGUGCAGGGCGAGGACCCCUCUGGUCAGCGGCAUCGCUCCAACUCCCUCACCCGCGUGGAUGGUCAGCCACGAGGCGCGGCGACGGCGUGGCCGGAAAGGAAGACCAGGCCCGUGUCCCAGCCAACACCUGCUGUCCAUCAUGCUGCCAGUUGUGACGUGGACCCCGGCUCCGGCGACAGCAUCAGCCUGGCCCGCUCCAUCAGCAAAGACAGUCUGGCCUCCAGCGUCGUUCAUCUGACCCCCCAGCACCGGCCUCAGCCCGCGGCUGCCGAGACCAGCGGCAGGAGCCUCUUGACCAACGUCAGUAUUGAGGACGAGGAGGAGGAGCUUGCGGCCAUCAUCGGGUCCGACGUGGCUGCCCGCCGUGAGGACCCCGCAGGCCCCAGGGCCUCACCCCGGGCCCCGGGCCCGCUGGCCACUGCCCGGCCUCCCCAGUGGCAGGCAGACGGCCUGGACAGUAAGCCCGACAGCUUUUUCUUGGAGCCCUUGAUGCCGGCGGUGCUCAAGCCGGCGAAGGAGAAGCAGGUCGUCAGCAAGGAGGACGAGCUGGGGGAGGGGCGGCCGAGGAGCAGCACGGCCAAGAGGCCCAGCGACGGCCACCAGCCUCUGGGGCGAAGGAGGCUGGCCGGCGGCCAUGGUGCCCACGACCUGAACAGGACCUUCACCCCGAUCCCGUGUCCCGAGUCUCCCACGAGCGUCGCGCCCGCAGAGGCCGGGCCGCCGCCGCCGGGUGCUGCAGGAGAGGCUUGUGGCGGGCCCCCGGCUGUCGGCGGACUUGACCUGUCGCCGCAGGGCCAGUCUGCCGACGGCUUCUUCCUUCAUGUGGGCGCCGGGGGCAGGAUGUACAUUGCUUCCAGGAGCCCCAGCCCCCGGGAUUCCGAGCCGUGGGCUUUCCUGGGGCAGGGGUCCGACUCCGACGGCCUGGACGUGGAGGAAGUGGAGCACGUGCUCAUGGGCGAGGAGUCGCCGGUGCUCGUGGCGCGGUACGACGGCGAGGAGGAGUCGGCCAAGCUGCAGGAGGACAUGCAGCUGAAGGAGCACGAGGACAAGGAUGACGCCAGCGGCCGCUCCAGCCCGUGUCUGAGCACGGCCUCGCGGCUCAGCAGCGUGUCCGCGGCCAGCGGCGGCGUCACGAUGACCAGCUUCGCCGAGCGCAAGCUGCAGAGGCUCAACAGCUGCGAGACCAAGUCCAGCACCAGCAGCUCCCAGAAGACCACGCCGGACGGGUCGGAGAGCUGCCCGGCCCCGCUGACGACCUGGAGGCAGAAGCGGGAGCAGAGCCCCGGCCGGCGCGGCAGAGACGCCGGCAGCCUGCUGGCCUCGGAGCUGGCGCAGCUGCGCAUGCAGCUGGAGGAGAAGCGCAGGGCCAUCGAGGCCCAGAAGAAGCGGGUGGAGGCCUCGUCGGCGAGGCAGCGCCUGCGGCUGGGCAAGGCCGCCUUCCUGCACGUGGUGCGGAAGGGCAAGGCCGAGGGCGCCCCCCAGCUGCCCAGGCCGGAGCCCUCCCAGCACGGCGGGGAGGACCUGGACGCCGGCGUGCCCGGCGCGGAAGAGCAGAGGGAGGCUCUCCUGGGCGAGUCCGCGGCCCUGGACGUGGCGGGCCUGGCCCUGGUGCAGCACAGAGCCAGGGGCCCUGCCGCGCUGCACGACGCCGAGAAGACGAAGGCGCUGUCGGCCGCGCUCCUGGAGGACGGCCUGGGCGAGGCGGCCGACGCGGAGUGCGAGCUGUCCAUCGAGAAGCUGAACGCGAGCAUCAGCACGCUGCAGCAGGCCAUCCUGAGGAUCUCCCAGCAGCAGGAGCAGCUGCUGCUCCAGUCCCCGGCCGCGCCCGCGCCCGCGCCCGCCCCAAGGCACAGUGCCCAGGACCAGAGGGCCAGGGCCCCCGUCCCCCUCGGCGAGCCGCUGUCUCCUCCCGGGACGGCCGGUCACCGCAAACCGCCGCGCCUCGGCCAGGGUCGGAGUUCGCGGGCAGGGAGGCCCGCCGAGCUGAAGGUGCCGAAGGACCGGCCGCAGGGCUCCUCCCGGAGUAAGACCCCGACCCCCAGCGCCGAGACCCUGCCGCACCUGCGCGCCCUGCCCCCGAGCAGCCACGCACGGACGCCCUCCGACCCGGACGCUGCCGCGGAGCCCGGGGGCGAGCCGCACGAGGAGAGCCCGUGUGACGGCUACAGGCUCUACCACGAGAGCAAGCAGCGCGCGCUGGCCGUGCCCGCAGCCCCAGACCCCAACAUCCUGGCGGAGCAGAUGGGCCUGCAGGACGGCCUGGGCGCGGGCGUGCGCGAGGCGGGGCCCAGCCCCCAGGACGGCUCAGGGAAGGUGGCCGCGCCCGCGGAGGAGCCCCUGAGGAGCAAGGCCAGCCUCAUCGAGGUGGACCUCGCAGACCUGAGGGCCCCCGGAGAGGACGGAGAGGGGGGCGGCCACGACCGUGGCCCGGAGCUCCCGGGGGACGCCGACCAGAAGCCCGGGGUCGGCUUCUUCUUCAAGGAUGAACAGAAGGCGGAGGACGAGCUGGCCAAGAGGCGGGCGGCCUUCCUCCUGAAGCAGCAGCGCAAGGCCGAGGAGGCCCGGGCGCGCAAGCAGCAGCUGGAGGCCGAGGUGGAGCUCAAGAGAGACGAGGCCCGGCGCAAAGCGGAGGAGGACCGGGUGCGGAAGGAGGAGGAGAAGGCACGGCGGGAGCUCAUCAAGCAGGAGUACCUGCGCAGGAAGCAGCAGCAGAUCCUGGAGGAGCAGGGGCUGGCCAAGCCGAAGUCAAAGCCAAAAAAGCCACGGCCGAAGUCCGUCCACCGGGAGGAGUCGUGCAGUGACUCGGGGACCAAGUGCUCCUCCACCCCCGACAACUUGAGCCGGACUCAGUCUGGCUCCAGCCUGUCCUUGGCGUCCGCGGCGACCACGGAGCCCGAGAGCGUCCACUCAGGGGGCACUCCCUCUCAGCGGGUGGAGUCGAUGGAAGCCCUGCCCAUCCUGAGCCGCAACCCGAGCAGGAGCACCGACCGGGACUGGGAGACGGCUUCGGCGGCGUCCUCCCUGGCCUCGGUGGCGGAGUACACAGGUCCCAGGCUGUUCAAGGAGCCCAGCAGCAAGUCCAACAAGCCGAUCAUCCACAACGCCGUGUGCCACUGCUGCCUGGCCGGGAAGGUGAACGAGCCGCACAAGGACUCGGUGCUGCAGG